CACCAACCAACUACACGCCCAAAUAUUAUCAUAUCCUACCCCAUUUUCCGCCUCAUACUCUGUCCACUAUUCAAAAAUUGUUCAGAACGGCCUAAAGCCAAAAGGAAAUGUGGAGCUGCAGUGACACUGAACCGGAAGAAGACGACACCACGACCCGUCGAUGCUCAUACUGCGGACGCUUCGGCAACUCCAAGAGCAUUGUCGAAGAGACAGGCCUCUGCCACAAAUGUCAUGAAAACGUGCAUUCUUCAUCCAAGGAUGAUGUUGCUUCUAUCAUGACUGGCAAGAACGGGGGUGGGGCAAGCAGUGUCGCAGCAGCAGUCAUGUUGCAGAUGGCAGCGGUAGACGUCAAUGACGAUUUAAGCUCCAUCAGAAGCAUUACCUCCAUUCACUCUGAUCAGGAAGACGAUGAGGAAGAGGAGGAGGAGGAUGGUAACUCCAGCGAAGACGGGGACGGAGAUGGAAGUGAGAGAGAGAAGAGGACACACGAUGAUCGGAAACUCAGGGGUAGUGGUAGGAAUGUCUCUAGCAACACGAUAACGGAAUCAAAUCUGUGUGCGCGAUGCUGGAAAACCCCAUCAACGACGAUCCUGUACAAUACACCCAUCUGUAAUGAAUGCUAUCGGAUCGCGCAGGAGAAGCGGGAACAUACCAAGGGUACAAAGAAACGCUUCCAACCGCCAACCCCUCACCUCCAACCGGGCAAAAGGCUGACGCGAGUCUGCGACUCAUGCCGUCGGAAGAGAAAGCGCUGCCAGCACCGCCGGGUGGUGGACGAGAACGAUCCUGACGCCGACUUCCGGCGGAAACGGUUGAGGAAAGAGCGGACAUCGGCCGUGACAAACAACCGUGCGGGGAGGAGCAGUACCAGUUCUUCCUCCGUGAUUGAAGUCAAUGACACGGUCAUCGUGUCAGAGACGGAGCAAGAGCCCAUGGCACUUCAAUGUGCCCGCACCAACACGACGACCACUACUACCACCACCACCACCAUGUCAACCACGGGCACGGACACAAGCACAGCAAAAGCCAGCACCACUCCUACCAACGGAGCCAUGCCAGCAAAAGCACCCAUCACAGAUUCUCCUCGCACCCCUCCAGCCCUCAAUAGGGACGGGUAUUCGGCCAGCAAUCUGCGGCGGGCGAUCGAGGGGUCCGUCCACGUCGUGUUCUCCAGGGAGAUGGAUAGGUUGGUGGGAACGGCGGAGAAGAAACUUGCGGACGCUGCAAGUGCGCUUGACGAUGUCAAGGCACAUAUGACGGCGUGGUUGGGUUGUGCGAAAGGAGAUCACGGGUAGGUUUCAUGCGCUUGGUUUAAAUCUGUUGGUUAAUGCGCAUUGUCCUAUCCUUGGGCGAAUUGACAGCCACGGACAUGGGCUCGAUAAAGAGUUGGUGAUCGAUCGAGUUAAUAUCUCCAUGUGCGACGACAACGGAAUCUAGGUUGUUUUCUGUCCAGGGAGGCGGACUUCGGACUGGACUGGGGGAGAAAUGUUGGGUAGCACAAGAGACCCUUUUUUUUUUUUUUUUUCCUGAUCGACCUCAUAUUUAGACCAUCAAAUUCUAAAAGAAAGAAA